CAUAUGUAUUAUAUUGCAAGACAGUUACUUCAUGUCGGUUCUCAAGAAUAAAUUAAUGUUUUUAUUUGGCUUAACAGGCCUGCCCGUGGUGUUCAACUUUCUGAACACUGUUUAGAACGCAUUUCAAUCGAUGUCAAUGUUAAUUUUGGAAUAGAAGCUACGUGAUUUUCUUGCAAAAAUAGUUUGAGUGUUGCUGACUACUUUAAAUUAAUGUGUAGACUUAGUUUGGUUAUCUGUUUGUUUCUUCAAAGUUACUUAACAAUCUGACUAUACAACCUACAGCAAGGCCUAGAUGUAACAGUACUAAAACUAAAUUGACGCAAUCCAAGCACAGCAUGAUUAUUUGAAUUUCAAUUUAGGAUUACGUUUUCAUACAGGGGAACAUCCAGUUCUGGCAAGAUUUUCCGAGUCAGCUGCUGUCUGUGCUGAAAUCCUAUAAGUGUAUGUCAUUUCAACAGAAUUAGUGCAAUACUGGAGUGGUAAAUUAUGCUGAUGUGUCUUUGUAUGCAGCUAAAUUACAAUCGGCCUGUAUUUAGUUACUUUACCUUGGUGAAACCUCGCGGGAGAGGCUCAACAUUGUAACUUAAUCUGUGGCAGUUCCAGUCGCCUAGUAGCCCCAUCAACAGACUCUUCCUGUUUGGGUUUGUCUGUAUUAGCUGUGCUUGUGCUCAAUUUGUUAGUGGGCAUCAAAAUAGUUAUUGUACUGUGGGUAAGAAUGUGUUUAAAGUUUUGGUUCUUAACUCAUCCACUGUAUAUACGCACGAAAAAGGCCCAUCUUCAGUUUAGAGCAACGAAACCCUAGAAAGAUUCACAACACAUUCCUAGCACAGUUUGUUGAAGGAGUCCAAGUGAUCUGGUGCCCGACCCCGAAAAGCAACAUCAAACUGCCUGGAAGUGUUAGGAAAGCCCAGCAAAACGGCCAUGUUGGAAGAGGACAUGGAGGUGGCCAUCAAGGUGGUGGUGGUGGGCAACGGCGCCGUAGGGAAGUCCAGCAUGAUUCAACGCUACUGUAAGGGCGUCUUCACCAAGGACUACAAGAAGACCAUCGGUGUGGACUUCCUGGAGAGGCAGAUACUAGUGAAUGAUGAAGACGUGAGAUUGAUGUUGUGGGACACCGCGGGGCAGGAAGAGUUUGACGCCAUCACCAAAGCCUACUACCGCGGCGCCCAGGCCUGUGUACUGGUGUUCUCUACUACGGAUAGAGAUUCAUUUGAGGCCAUUAGUAGCUGGUGGGAGAAGGUGGAGGUAGAGGUUGGAGACAUCCCCACUGUCCUGGUUCAGAACAAGAUCGACCUUCUGGAUGAAACGGUGAUCAAAAAUGAAGAGGCAGAAGGUCUGGCCAAGAAACUUAAGUUGAGGUUUUAUCGGACCUCUGUAAAGGAGGACCUCAAUGUAAAUGAAGUUUUCAAAUACUUGGCAGAUAAGUAUCUUCAGCGACUCAAGCGGCAAACAGCAGAGGAGCCUGAGCUAGUGCAUUCAACAAGCAAUAAAAUUGGCGUUUUCAACACCACAAGUAGUAAUCUAUCUAGUCAGACCUCCAGCAAUGGCCGCGAAGUAAUCAGCUUGAGACCAAACAAACAGAGGACCAAGAAGAGCAAAAACCCCUUUGGUGGCUGCAUUGUUCUUUAGAAUCAGCCCAUUCCCUGCACUACUGUAUGUUUGGACUGUAAGAGUCGUGAUUGAUGAUUGUUUGUGUGUUAUUGGGGUACAUUUUCCCUGACCAAAGCCUACAUAGGAUAUGGUGUGAUAUCAAUUUGAACAUAACCUGGUUUUCAUCUGCACCUAAGUAUUGUGCCUAUCGUGCUUUUGAGCAUCUUAACAGGUCCAGUUUAGCCUUGGAUUCUCAUAGAUGGGUGUAUAAAAUAACGCGGCAGGAUGGUAAGUAGCACCCCCUGGGGGCUUUGAGGAGAACUACAACCAGACACUAUGUUGUAGCAUGAAUGGAAUGCUUCAAGGAAAUGUUCUGGGAAAUUGUAGUUGGGCGUUGCAGAGUUUUCCCAUUUACACCCUUCAAAAUGUUGUAGGGAAGGAUUACAUUCUAGUUCUAACAAGGUAUAUUUGUAUUUUUAUGUUUGUGAUUUUUACAGAUUACUAUUUGUGCAUUUGACUGUUCAUCUGUGCAAUAUGUUUGUAUGGUAAGAGAUAUACAGAUUAUUUCGUACCAUAUUUUUCUAAAAUAUUAAUUGAAUAUGGUUCAACAUAUGCUGUAUAUCAUGGCUAAAGACUAAGACUGGCGUCUCUUAAAGGUAUUUUUUUAUAAGAAACAGUGUUUAUGAAAUGUUGGCAGACAAAGAGUUGCUUAACACCUUCGGUAACACAGUGCCAAAUGAUUUCUAAACUUUAUUUUAUCGUUGUAAGAAAUGUACAGAUUUGAAAACAGAAAGUGGGAGUGAUUGGUAGUUGUAUGAGAAUACUGAAUUACAAUCCAGACUAAUAGAAUGUGACUCAGAUAUGACCAAAUACAAUGGGAUAAGCACAAUAGGCCCCCUACUUGAGUUAGGACAUUACAAGGCAACAGUUACCCUGUUGUCCUUCAUGUAUGAUGCUGCCCCAUUCUCUCCCCCAGGACAACUAAUACUGCACAUGCCUAACAGAUCUUGAUUGGUUGGUAUAGCUCUGGUAUUGGGCCAAUCAUUGUAAUGGGGUACAUUUCUGAUGCAUCACCAAGUUUAGUCACAAUCAAUGUCUGACACGUUUGACUAAAAUACAGAGAGCAAUCAGUAGUCCCUUCUUGAUUUCAUUGUUGUGGACUGCAAAUGUAGUACUCUAAAUCCUAUAGAAACAGAUGAGCCGGUGAAGAGGGUAUUGUUACACGCUACAUAGAAAUUCAUGCUGUUUGCUAGAAUUGUACUGGUCAUUGUAACUGACACACUAUUUGGUCUCACACUAUCAUAAGAUGAGAAAUCACAAUUGUUUACGUUACAUGCUAUCGCUGCAUUUGAAUCACAUCUGUGCUUUAUUUCUUUCUACUGUGGUACAAUGGUUACACCUUUAAUAUGCUCAUUUGUGAGUCUUAGAUAUAUUUUUAUUUAGUUUAUUUCGGGCUAAAUAAACCUAUAUUGUUUACUACAAAUAAAUAUGAUUUUUUUUAGUUUAAAGGGGAAUUUGACUUUUUUACUUGAUUUGAUGGAUCCUUGCGAUGAAAUAAGACUGUGGGUCAAGAGAAACUAAUCCAUGAUUCAGUUGUCUCUAUAUGCCAUUGUAAACUUCAGUUAAUUUUAGCCUCUGCUAAUUAAAAUGUAUAUAAGUAAGGAUAUGUAAAAAAGAUUUGGUUGAUUGUUACUUGUGAUAUGGCUAUAUAAAGAAAGUCUAAACAAACUCACACACCCUGAUUAUGGUGGCAAAAUAGAGUUUAUUUUCUCUUCCCACAGACUAUGUUGAAAAAAAGUGAGUCUCCUUUAAAUGGAAACAAAUCUUAUAAUGAAUGGUCUCUUGAAUUAAUGCUCUUUUGUUAUGAACAGAACCACUGUCAUGCUCUGAGUAGCUAUGUAUCUUAAGUUGUUUUAAUUCUUUAAAUUGUUUUUGAUUAUAUUUAUGAUCUUGAGUUAAGGAGUGUUAAAUACUAGUGGGAUUUGCUAGCAGCAAUAUUGAGUCACUAACAUUAGAUAGUUUAAAAUAUCUGUUCUGACAAUGCUUGUAACCCAUACUUUUUUUUGUUUUCUUUGUCCUUUACCACUUGGACAUAGUGUUGUUGGUGGCAAAACUUGCUAACAUCGAUCACUCCUCACCUUCAGAUUAUUCAUUUCAAGUGAGACCGUUGACCCAAAUUGUUCCUAAGAGUCAGUCUGGAUAAGAAUGUCCUCUACAUUAAAUACAUUUCCAUGAGAAUAUGUUGAGACUAUGUAGCUCUGAGCUACCACUCUCCUUUUCUGAGGCAAUACAUAUGCUGUCUCAUUUUACUGUAGGACUGACAGGAAAGUCUUAAUAUUGUCACUAUACUGUGCUUGUCAUUAAUUCUAUUUACCCGUUAACAAUUUUUAAAUAUCAAAAUGGCACCAUGUUUAUAGAAAAGGUAUUCAAGAAACAAUUGAGUCUGUUUUGAUAUCACUAAAUGGAUGAACAUUUGCAUGCUUGCCUUAUUUUUCAUGUGAAUGAAUGUGGAAUUACAGUGGCAGUACAAUGCCAUAAUACCUUAUCUAUUUAUGUUUACAUACAAAUAUUUUGUGUAUUAUAAACAUUUGUUAACAUUUGUUUGAAAGACGCCUUCUUGGUAACUUGUUUGUAAACGUUUAAUAUUCCAUUUGGUAAAAAUUUACUAAAGGCACUUUAACAAUAGCUAGGUUUCCAUCCAAUUUAGAAUCCUGGAAAUACGCGCAUUUUCCCACUAGUUUGUUUUUACCAAACCGCUGUGGAUGAAAGCAGUAUGUAAUGAUGUAGUGCCCUUAUCAGGUAUGAAUGGUUGUCAUGUAGCAAAUAAAAAUCUAAAGGUCAUUGUGUUUCAGUUGCAUUUUAUGACUCAAAAAUGUUUUGACCUAAAAUGUUGUGGUUAUUCUCUUAAAAUGUUUAGGUAAAGUCAUUUUCUCACAUUAAUUAAACAACAUGUCUGUUGACAUUAACAAAAUCAUAUCAACAUUUUUCAAAUAACCUGGCUGUGACUUCAUUUCAGGAGCCAGGUUAUACAUUUACUUGAAAUAGUUGUAUGGAAACCUGGUUGAGAUCUUUUUUUUUUUAGGUCUGAAAAUACACAAUGUUUACAUUGACCAUUUUUAUUAACAAUUAAAUUGGUUAUUCUUACUAAAAUAAUAUAGUCAAGUGCUCUUUCACUGUAAUGCAUUCUAAUGUGACAAUGUAUUAACAUGUUGUAGAUGGCUUACUUAUUUCUGACAUACUGCUUCCAUGAACAUCUUGUACCCAGUCCCAGCGUUGAUGGCAGACGUUUCUGCUCUCUGGCUGACACUAUGGGAAAGUUAUCCUAAACACUCAGCAUAGAUUAGGCAAGAGCACAAACAUCUGAGAUCAGGCUACAGGUGACUGUUUUUGUACUAUUUGUUACAUUUGUCAGAAUUGUGUGACAGUGGUAGAUCACACCUACUAUUCAUUUGUAAGAGGCCUACUUUGAUUUAACCAUUUGUGUUUUAAGGUGUGCCACAUACAUGCACAUGUGUAUCUGUUAAAAAUCUGUUUGGUGAUCUAGCAUUAAUAAAACCUCUAUUUU